AGCAAGACCAAGUCAAUUCUUCCACUUGAAAUUCCAAACUGUUCUUCCACCAGCGCCUCUAAAAUUCUUUGCUUCAAUUAUUUCCUCCUAUAGAUAUGAACCAUUCUUAAACUCUUUUUUCAUACCACUACUCAAAUCACAACUAAGCUAAAUCAAGAUUUUGCAGAAUUUAAUUAGCUUAAUUUUGUGCAUCCAUGUCUCCUGCAAUGAGUUUGGUGGCUGAAACCGAUAGAGAAAAUGAGCUACCAGAGAGUCAGUACCAGAAGGGAGUGAGACAUCUCUGUGAGAGAGGCAUAGAGAAAGUUCCUACCAAGUACAUUUUGCCUCUCCCGGAACGUCCCAAUUUGAGUUAUAAAUCAGCAAAUGAUAUUAAUAUUAAUGCUAAUUCCUCAAGCUACAAUCUCAAUUUACCCAUCAUUGAUUUUUCUCAGCUGCAAGGUUCAAACAGAUACCAUGUCCUCAAUUCUCUUGCUAAAGCCUGCGAAGAAUACGGAUUUUUCCAGCUGGUCAAUCAUGGAAUUCUGAAUCAAGUUAUCAGUGACAUGUUUCAUGUAGCGAAAAGAUUUUUUGAGCUUCCUUUUGAGGAGAGAUCGAAGUACAUGUCAACAGAUAUGCGUUCACCAGUUAGAUGUGGAACAAGUAUUAACCAAAAAAAGGAUUCAGUGUUUUGUUGGAGGGAUUUCUUGAAGCUUAGUUGCCAACCCUUUUCGGAAGUUCUUCCUCUUUGGCCUUCUUCUCCUACAGACUUGAGGCAGACGACAGUCGACUACUCAAAAGAAACAAAAAGUUUGUAUCUGAUGCUGGUGGAGGCCGUUCUGGAGAGCCUUGGAUUGUUGGAAACCAGAAAAGGAGCUGAAAGUGAAAAUGGAAGCUGUGGUUUAGAAGAAUUUGAAGAUGGAAGCCAACUCAUAGUGAUGAAUUGUUACCCUUCAUGCCCUGAACCUGAGUUGACUCUCGGCAUGGCACCGCAUUCAGAUUACGGAUUUCUUACUCUUCUCCUUCAAGAUCAGCAAGUGAAAGGGCUUCAAAUUCAGCAUGGAGGAAACUGGGUAACUGUUGAGCCAAUUCCUAACUCAUUUGUUGUCAACGUUGGUGACCAUCUUGAGAUAUUUAGCAAUGGAAGAUACAAAAGUGUACUCCACAGGGUUCUUGCAAAUUCAACACCCAGAAUCUCCGUCGCUUCCUUGCACAGCUUGCCCUUCAGUAGCGUGAUUCGACCGGCACCGAAACUCGCCAAUGAAGCCAAUCCAAGUCGUUACAAGGCCACAGACUUUGCGACUUUUCUUGAUUACAUUUCAUCCUGUGAACCACGGCAAAAGAAUUUCCUGGAAUCCAGGAAAUUGACUUGAGCUUGAGGGAACAGUACUGGUAAACAAAUGAAAAGUCUAAUAAUCUUGACUUUUUUGUAGCUCAAAUUUCAAAACAUAGUACACAUUUAUUCGGUGGUGAAGAAAUUCCAUGGAUUUUGAAUACGCUUGUUCACAUGUUAGAAUUAUGUGACAUUUUUUAUUAACAUUAAUUGCAGCCUUUUAAGUUUUAACAAAUGCUUCUCUAUUUUCAUCUCUCUGCAUUGAUGAAAUUAACCAAUGACUUGUAUAAUUUGGUCUCCAAGAAGCAACCUACUAUGGUGUCCCACAAUGGACCAAAUUGUAUUUAGAGAA